AGUCAUAAAAAAAAAGUUUGAGGUCCCAAGUAAAGUUUCAGACAAAGUUUUUUUUUUAAUUGAAAGUCACUGCAAUUUUUUGUGUGAGUACCGUGAUUUGAGAUGCACGUUGCUGUGGCCUGCGGUUGUAGGGAAGAACACAAAAAACCGCAACGUGGGACUUAAAAACGUACCUGCAGUGCUUGCGUACAGCCAGGGGGAUCUUGAUUUUUUUUGGCUUCUCCGUGGAUUUGUAAGAAGAGAAGAGGGAAGAACAAAAACUUUUUUUUUUUUUUUUAAUUUUCCACUUCAAAGUGUGGGGGUCUGGGAGUGCUGGCUUGUGAUUAUUCGAGAGGAACGCACAUAGUCUUACUGUUUCAAAGGGAUCCUUUAAAACCUUGGAUUUUAUUUUAUUUUUUUAUUUAUUUAUUUUGUGUUUGGGGACUGUAUGAGCAAAACCAACAGUGUAAAUCUGGCAUCGGAUUUUCAGACCUUGUUUUCCGGAUUAAGUUGGGAACAUUUUCUCUCUUUCUCCUGUUUUUUCCCCCCUUAUAAACUAAUAAAUCAGAAGCAUGGAUUCCAGCCAGCAUAAUCCCCCGGCGGGCCACCAGAUCGUCCACGUCCGGGGCGAUUCGGAGACCGACCUGGAGGCGCUCUUCAACAUCGUCAUGAACCCGAAAAAUACAAGUGUGCCCCCCUCACUGCCCAUGAGAAUGAGGAAACUGCCCGACUCCUUCUUCAAGCAACCCGAACCAAAGUCCCAUUCCAGACAAGCAAGUACAGAUGCUGGCACAGCUGGCACUCUUACUCCUCAACAUGUAAGAGCUCAUUCCUCACCCGCAUCCCUCCAACUUCGAGCCGUGUCUCCAGCUUCCCUUUCUGGACAGAUUAACACUAAUGCCCCCCCUCAGCACCUCCGCCAGUCCUCCUAUGAGAUUCCUGAUGACGUACCGCUCCCACCAGGGUGGGAGAUGGCAAAGACCUCAUCUGGACAGAGAUACUUUUUAAAUCAUUUGGAUCAGACAACAACCUGGCAAGAUCCAAGGAAAGCAAUGCUGUCUCAUGUUGCUCCUCCAGCUAGCCCUGUCCCAGUACAGCAGAAUAUUAUAAACUCUGCCACAGGUUCACUUCCUGAAGGCUGGGAACAAGCCAUAACCCCAGAAGGCGAGAUUUACUAUAUAAAUCACAAAAGCAAGACAACCUCUUGGUUAGACCCACGUUAUGCUUUGAACCAGACAAGAAUCAGCCAGAGUGCCCCAGUCAAACAGACCUCGCCACUGCCUGCACAGAGCCAACAAAGUGCAGUGAUUGGGGGCAACAACCAGCAGCUUCGUCUGCAACAGUUACAAAUGGAGAAAGAAAAGUUGAGACUGAAGCAUCAAGAACUGCUUCGGCAGGUGAGGCCACAGGAACUGGCUUUGCGCAACCAGCUGCCAACAAGUAUGGAACAAGAUGGAGGGUCCCAGAAUUCUGUUUCAUCUCCCAAUAUAUCACAAGAUGUCAGAACCAUGACCACCAACAGCUCCGACCCUUUCCUCAACAGUGGAACAUAUCACUCCAGAGAUGAAAGUACAGACAGUGGAUUGAGCAUGAGCAGCUAUAGUGUUCCUCGGACACCAGAUGACUUUUUGAACAGUGUGGACGAGAUGGAGACAGGUGACCCUCUUGGCUCAAGUGCUUUAGCUUCCCAGGCCAACAGGUUCCCCGAUUAUUUAGAUGCCAUCCCAGGCACAAAUGUGGAUUUGGGCACCCUUGAAAACGAUAGCAUGGCAGUGGAGGGAGAGGAGUUAAUGCCAAGCCUGCAGGAGGAACUGAGUUCGGAUAUUCUCAAUGAUAUGGAAUCUGUGUUGGCAGCAACCAAGAUUGACAAAGAGACCUUCCUGACGUGGUUAUAGGUGGAGCUUUCAGGAUCUCUAUGACUCGUACUUUGUACAGUGUGCCUCUGUGAAGGAUCUGAGACACAUAACAUGAUCUUUUUUUUAUCCUCUUCUGUUAGCAUUUCAGAGCUCUGUUUGCCAUUAUAUCUUCUUAAAGGAAAAUAACUGCAAUGUACAAAAAGCACUGCCUGGCACAAUAAUCCCCACUCCUUUUCCUCUGGUUGUACUUGGUGUAAGGCUGGCCUCCAAUAUGACGAUUCUCCAAAGCCAAAGGACUUGAGAAAGGUGGCCAAGGACACUCGCUGGCUUUGUUUUUGUCAUAUGUUAGACAUUCAGACUCUGUAGUCAAGCUCAAUCCUUCAUUUCUGUUUAUACCUUGUAACUUGUUAGGGUCUUGGUUUUUGCGGGGUGGGGCUGGGGGUGGUCACGGGUUCGAGAGAUCUUUAAGAAACCAAAAAUAACACAUAUGAACCAGAGAAAAGAAAAUGCAUUUCUCAAAGCUUUGGAGCCAAAAAGACUAAUAACUCGACUUUGAAAUCAUACUGCCAACUUGCAAGUAUGGCUCAGAAUUUCAGAUUUAUGUGCUUGGCUGUGCCAGCAAUUCUAGAUAUUUUGUCAGAUCAAGUGCCUUUUAUCGUUGAUGUGUUUUUUUUUUGUUUUUAUAUGAACAAAAUCCUGUAUAUGCCAACAUUAAUCACUGUAUCUGAGGAAGAAGUGUAUUUCACCACAGUAUACGUAGUACAUUCACAUUUUAUUCUUAAUUAGGUUUCUGACAAAACUGUUUUAAACAUGGUUUUAUGCAAAAUAAUAUAUGUAGUAAUGGGGAUGAUCUGAUCUCGCUUUUUAUAUAAAGUUAAGAGGUGUAGCUUCUGUGAUAGUCUUAUUUAAAUGGAGAUUUGUUUUUACACUCUUUGAUAGAUGAUUAGUUAAAACAUUUUCUUAAUCUUUUAGGUGUUUUAAUUGAAGCUAUAUUCGUAAAUAUGAGAUAGAGGAAGACUUUUGUAGAAUCAACUCUUUGUAUGUUUUUCAGCACAUUACUGUUUAGGUAGAAGACUGGAGAAAACUGAGAGCACCGGACGGAGUUGUUUAGGCUGCAGGUGACGCAGAACGUGAUCUACUACAUCCCAGCUGCCCAAAGACAAUGAUGUCUUGUCGUGUUGAAGAAACGCCUCCGAAACGUAACAUACAGUAGUAGUGACCACUAGUUGCUUAGCUUUCAUCUUGAAUGCUAAUUGGAGUCUGACAAAGUCCCGUGUUUCUAGUCUAAUUAUUGAGGACUUGGUGUAGAAUGUGACAAUGUGUUUGGUAUGAGUUUGGCCUAAAUAACCAAAUUGUGAUAGGAGUCAUAAAUUAUGUGCAAUCAUUUUUCAGACCGAGUGAGCCCCAUCAUUUUGUGCCCAGUUUGCCUGAGGUUUGGAAGCUUUUAGGCUGUACCUUCAAAGAGAUGGCACCAGAAAUUAUGGGACAUUGGUUAGGAAGGUUCUUGGCAGCAAUUGCUUGUGAGCCGUGCCCUGAAAAAAAAUGUGGAAGUGCACCAGUUACCACAUGAAUCACACGAUGUUUGGAGGAGAAGGCAGUAAGCUUGCUGGAUCAUCUCCUCGAUUGCAAAGUGCCUUCAGCAGAAGAGUUGUUGAGACAUGGCUACUCUGUAGCUGAUCGCUAUGCUGUAACUGAAUUUUCAUCCUUUCAUGUAAGGUGCAUUGACAUACAGUAUUUCCAACAGUUCUUCAACCAAUUUACUAGUAGAGCAUUUAUGAUGUGCAAAAUUUUCAAACCGUGCACAUCUUAUCGCAAAAAUAAUUGAUCUAGCAAUACUUUAUAAAUUGUUAAUUACUUUCUUUUUUUUUUUUUUUUUAAAUUUGUCUGGAGUUGGAUAUGAUAUACAUCUACGUGUGAAGUUAUAGUGAUGUGCUGAAAUGCAGAAUUUUCUUAAUGGACAUUUAUGACAAGUGUGUGUUGGUUAGAUGAUCUAGUAGAAAAAUGUAACAGUGUAUAGUAGCAUUUGUAUGGGGAUUUAUGGCUAUGAUUUACUAUAUACUUGUAUUAUUGACAGUAGACAAUUGGUAUGGAAAUGUAUGCAGGAAUUUGUCUUCCAAAGAGUAGAUAAUGUUUGCAAUGUUUUUAGCCUUUCUUGAACAAAUUCAGAAAAAAUAAAUAACGGCGAGAACAGUAUAAGCUAGUGGAUGAUUUAUUUCUUUAAUUACGGAGGACCACUCACUGGUUCUUGGACAAGAUGGUGCCGUCCUGUCGGUCUGUUAACUGUGAGUAGUUACAGAAGAAUAACGAGGUGUAAAGGACCGGCCCGGCAAACUCCUUUCUUUCUUGUUUACAUGAUCAUUACCAAUAAUAAGAGGACACUAUCGAGAUAACAUAUAGUAACAAUUUCACUACAGGAUACUGCACUUUUAUCUUUGUUUACAUGUUAGUGGAAUACACCAAUCUGGAAAUAAUUUUGUAAUUUUUGUUACACUUUUCAGAAACAAAAAAUCAAAUGAAUGGCAAUUAGUGCAGAUAUAUUUUACCAAUAAUUGUCACUUGGCUUGGUGUUUUGUUUUUUUUUUGUUUGUUUUUUUGUUUUUUUUAUCAUUCACACUGAAAAAAAAAUUAUCCAGUGUUACUCUGCAUUUCUGAAAUCUACAUAUUAGUAUUAUUAUUAUUUUUUAUUGUAAACAUUUGAGACCAUAGUAUCCUAAGCUUAAAACAUUAUGGCUAUGGUUAUGGUGGAGGAUUAUUAAAAAAAUAUAAAUAAAUAAGUGUGUGUUUUCAGCAGUGCAAAAAAAAAAAACUGUACAGUAAUGUCUUUACAUAUGGAAAUAUUAGUGAAUUGUAUUUUAUCAUUUACGCAUGAAUUUAUACAAAUUAUUAGUAUGUAUUUGCAAGCAUAUGUAAUUGCUCUUUCUGUAUUAUUACUAAUCACUUUUUAUUAGAAGAAUCCUAAAUACACCCAAAAUGAACAGCUAUUGUAUGGCAUUCUCUUGAUUUUUAUAUUUCAUAUACUGUAUACGCAUAUACAGUAUAUCCACAGUGAGUGUGUGUGUGUUUAUGUACAUACAUACAAGGUCUGUCAUGAAAUUAAUGAAAAUGACCUAAGAAACAAUAGUCCUUCCGCUCCUAGCUUCAUUCUUGGAACUCGUCUUCAGUGAAGGGGGCAUCAGCAGCUACUUGGAUGUUUUCAGUCUGUCUCAUGAAUUUCACGACAGACCUCGUAUAAAACUUCUAGAUAAAUCUCCUUUGUUCAGGGCAGUUUCUUGACUCUUAAGUGGUCUGACUGUUUCAGGGCUCAUCCAGUGGCCACAGUUUACUUACUCCAUGAAAUGGUGCUGUAGUUGUACAGUAUGUGUCUGUCUUCUAUACAUACAUAGACACGCAUACAGUAAUAUGUGUACAUGGCAGUGCAUUAAAAACUGAAAUUCUCUUUAUCUCUCACCUUUUUAACAGAACUCUUCAUGUAAAAUAAACUGUUAUGGUUAAGCAUUUGGUUUUAGCAGGUUUAAAACAUGUAUGAUAUAUUUCAGAUCUCUUGACAAACAUGAAAGAACAAGAAAUGUGUCUACCUGCAUACAUUUCAUAUGAAAAGAUGGUUUCCAUGAGAAUGAAAACUUGGAGACCAAAUUACUUUGAGCCAUUUUUUCUUUGGUUAAAGGACAUAUCCACACACAACAGUCUAGCAUGCAACCUGCAGUCAAGCAGAGGCCAUCCUUGUCGAUUGUCCUCAUUCUAGCACAACACACACGGUGAUUCUGUCUGUCUCGUUGUAAGCUCCACCACACUGCCAAUCAACUUCACCUCACUUGACAGAAUACUAUUGGACUUUGGAGGGGGCUCACAUGAACAUACUGCGAAAAAAGCAAACAAUGUGCAACACAUUCACUUCCUAUCACUAGCACCAGAGCUGUAAACAGGAAUUGGAGGGGUUUUCUUGAAGUGUGUGUGUUUUUUUUUUUUAAGAGUUUAACAUUUAAUAACUUUUCUAUAGAAAUAAAGAAAACAUUAUCAUCCGUGGGUGGUUUUGAAGGUGAUUACUCACCAAAGGUUACAGAGAAUGUUCUUUUCAUUUUGUGUGUGCAUUGGGUAUUUUUUAUUCUUCAUUUUAGAUGGUGGUGUUUUUUAUUUUUUCUUUCCUCCUCCAUAUGCUGCCUUUUCAAUUUGAAUCCACAUAUCUCUAGAAUGUACAGUAGCUAGAAUCCUCAAUGCUGGGUAGAGAAAGAAGGAAACUCAUGCUGCAGGCCUGAUUGCUAAGGAGCACUAGCCCAGCGUUAUAAAGUCUCCACCUGAGACCACUCUGUUCUGAGUACACUGCACGAUAGUUGGGUAACUGAGGGCUUCAUGAGAAGGUAGGCCAUGUCCUUUGAACAAGACCGCAACGGCACCACACUAUAGUAGAGAGAUACUAGGACUGGACUGCCUACUGGACAGAAUUGUGGGCUAAAAAGCAGUGCUGAGGGCAAGGUACUUUAACAGAAUGUCAAGGGUUUGUGAGACAGGCCAUAUUCCCUUCCUCGACUUAAAGAAGUGAAGCUAUCACUGUUCAGAAUUUGAGGCUUGCAAGCAAUUAAUAAACUCUUAAGAGGAAAGCAGACCCAAGAAGUUGUGAAGUGGAAAGAAGAUGGUUUAAAUAUGAGUAAAGCAGCAAGGCAGUGGCAGAAAAAUGGGGAAAUUGCAAACACGAUUUAGAGUGACGUGUACAAAUGUAUUGUCAGUAAGCCCUGGAAGGGCUGGUUGCCGUUUAUUAUGUCCAUAUCUGUGUUAAUCCUCAGUUGUAUUUUUGUUUUAAUAAAGGCCCUUAUUUUGUAUA